UCAUUCGUCAGCAGGCAGAGUGUUUCUUUCCUUCUUUGGUUUCGCAAGUAUUGGUGGAAAGUGAAGCGAUAAUUUAUAGUUUUCUGCUGAAUAAUAAGUGUAGCUAUUUUCUCAAUGUGUUUAAAUAACAAAUUAUGAGUUUCCUGAAAUAAAUUUGUCGCAAUAAAUUAUGUGUUCUGCAUAUGUGAGUUAUAUGUAAUACCGUACAACAAGGACAAAACGAGCUCGAUAACUGCAUUUCAAAAUGGCUACUGCGAAAUUGCAAAACUUGAAGUUUGAUAAAAUAUGCCGAGCAUGUUUGGAAGUAAAAAAAGACAUGCGGCCCCUUUUUGAACAAUUAACAGCAACGAUGCUGAUGGGUAUAUCAAAAGUGCAAGUGUCCGUUGGCGAUGGGCUGCCUCCACAGCUGUGCCUGCAAUGCGUGCACCAGAUCUCCCGGUGCAAUGCCUUCAAAGAUAUGGUGGAGAGGAAUGACGUCACACUGCGCGAACUUGCCAGGGUGCGGGCGGAGAUGGUCAAGGUGGAGAGGGAAUCGAAAGAGAAAAUGCUCAAUAUGAGCUGCCCAGAGCCCGCUUACAUCCAGUACAUGGAGGUCCCGAUCGUCCACAACGCUGGUCAGAUGUUGGAGAGUUUCUUCGACACACCGCCGACGACCGCACCGGCUCCUGAACAAUGCAGUCCUAAAGAUCCGUUGAAUACGGACAAUGUUGAGGAAGUUAAGCGUCCGCAAAGCGAGCCCCAACCACAGACAGAGCAGGUAGCUUCAAACACAAAAGGCGAAGAAGCGCUAAACUCAGACGAAGAGAGCUACCUACAACUAGUUGUCUUCCAAGCGUCGUCGUCGGUGACCCCUGGCCGUCACGUCUGUAACCUCUGCCACAAGGAGUUCAAAAACGCAAGGUUCCUGAAACAACACAUGCGCUCCCACUCCAACUGGAUUAAGGCUAAUUGCAAGAAGCCGCCUAUGUGCCCGAUUUGUGAGAGGACUUUUAAGGGUCCCGGCAUGCUCAAGAUGCACAUGCGCACGCACGAGGAGCGCCCGCCCAAGCAGCCCACCUGCUCCGUCUGCCAGCGCACCUUCCCCACCAAGACGCUGCUCUACCGCCACAGGCAGACGCACUUCGAACAAAAGACGCACCAGUGCACCGUUUGCGAGAAGAGGUUCUUCAGCGGCUACGCCCUGAGGUCCCACAUGGCCAGGCACAGGGGAGAGAGACCCUACGUCUGCUCCACGUGCAACAAGAGCUUCUAUAACCCCACCGAUUUGAAGGUCCAUUUCCGGCUCCACACAGGCGAGAAACCGCUGAAAUGUUCAGAAUGCAACAAGACCUUCCGCCGGCACUCCACGCUCUGCCAGCACAUGAAGAAGCACCGCGGCAUACGGAACCACGUGUGCACGGUGUGCAACAAAGGGUUCUAUGAAGUGUCCAAACUGAACGCUCAUAUGAGGGUCCACACAGGCGAGCGUCCAUUCGAGUGUCAAUUCUGUGAGCGCAAGUUCGCGCAGCAAUCGGCUCUGAUCUACCACCGGCGCACGCACACGGGGGAGAAGCCAUACAGUUGCAAGCUGUGUAACGCCAAAUUUACCACGAGCUCAGCGAGAAACAAUCACAUGGUCACCCAUACUGGGAACAAGAGAUUCGUAUGUCCGAUCUGCCUGAAAGGCUGCACGUCCCGCAGCGAGCUGCGCGUGCACUCCAGCAAGCACACGGGCGAGAAGCUGUUCGCGUGCGAGACGUGCGGGCACAGGGUCAGCUCCGCCUCCAGCCUCGCCGUGCAUCGCCGGCACCACGCCGGCGGUGUCUGCGGGAAAGGCUACAUAGAAUCAAGUUCGUACAAAAAACACAUGAAAACACACGAAGUGAAAGACCCAGAGUCUUCUAACUCGGAAAACAGUUCAGAAAUCAAAUCGGACCCGGAACCAAAACCGAUACUUCAAAUACAAAUACCAGUACCCGAAAACCAAGAACCAAUGAAGGGUAAUAUGGAAGUGGCGCAGGCCCAAAGUCCACAGGAAUCGCCGCCACAAAAGAGAUACAAAUGUGGAGUGUGUGUCAAGACCUAUAUGUAUUUGCACAGCUUGAAGAAGCACAUGUUAACGCAUAUACCACCCGAGCCUACCCAACAACAACAACCACCACAACAACAACAACAACAACAACAAACCCAACAACACGUGCCGCAACAACACCAGCAGAUGCAGCAGGUACAACAGGUGCAGCAAGUGCAGGUGCAGCAGCAGCAGCAGCUGCAGCAGCAGGCGGUGCUGCAGGUCGGCAGCGUGCAGCAGCUGGCCGUGCCCAUACACGCGCAGCAGUUGCAACAGGGGAUCACUGUUUCUGGAGUGCAGGGCCCGCCACACUCGUAUCCUGUUAUAUCGUCAGUCCAGUCUCUACAACUACAGCAAACGCAGCAGCAAGUCAACACGCAACAGCAGCCACAGCAACUGCAAGUCCAAACUAUACAAAUACAUCCGCAACAUCAGCCGAUACAAAUUCACGCGGUGGGCGUGCAGCAAGUGCAACAACAACAAUUACACGUCGCCACUUCUUCCUGUCAGACGAUGUUGCCCAACAUCCUACAGCUGCAGCCGGCAGUGGCAGUGUCUGGGCUGGGCGGGGAGCUGGGCGCGCACCGCAUCAUCCUGCAGCAGCAGACGGCGCCGCAAGCUGUCUACACCAUACACCACUGAGACCUGGCCAUACACCAAUAUGCUACAUCAUACCAUACACCGAUGUACUACUAUCCGAACCAGGGAUAUCCGAUGUAGCGUGGUGAUAUAAUUACUGCAUCACACGUUUUGCUAAAAAUGACAAAUCACUGCAACAUAGUCUAUUCAUCGUGACACCAUUAUUAUAAACAAAGACUAACAAAACUAUAGUUUUUUUUGUCUUUGCUUCCAUCUAUAUGUAGAUGUCGUACGAGAUGUAACCAAAUGAGAUUGAGAUUUCCAUACAACUCUCGGCCCAACCUGGCUAAUUUAGUGCACAGUGGCAGAUUGGCCCCGGCACGAGAUGAGGGACAAACAUUUUUUGUCUUUUUAUAUCUAUGAAGACAAAAGAUGUCUCGUUUCUUCUUAUGUAUUAGGAUACGCACAUCUUUUUAUAUGAGCGCAUUAAAAGCGUUGUAAAAGAUCUAUGAUGGUAAAUUCUCUUGUCGAAUUAUAACGUAAUUCACAUUGUCAAUGGUCAAUUGUAAAUAGGUAGCUAUUUUAAGCCCUGAUACAUAUAUAUAUUUAUUGUUAUUAGAAUAUAUAUUUUUGUUACUAGGUUUAGUUCUUGUGAAUCUGUUUUAGGAUUUUUCUAUAAGUCUGGAUUUUUCGCAAACAUAAGAAUAUUUUGUGUGAUCCACUCACAGAAAUGAACAUUACACUUCAAUGUAAUGUUCUUAUAUCUAUGUGUGAUCAUUCUAAAAUACUAAUAGAUGUUGAUAUAUCAUAGUAGUACUUAAAAUUUUGGCCUUUAAAAUGUAGAUAUAGCUAUCCAAUACAAAGGAAUAUUAUGCUUACAGAGUUCAAGAUCAUAUUAAGGAUUUUAAUUGGUGUGCAUUAUCUACAUCUGUAUGUUUUAUUUAGAAUAGUUUUUGUUUUCGUUGGUCUGUAUUUUUAUAGAAGUAAUAUUACAUAAUAUAUUACAUUCAAACUAUAA